CGCCCCUGCUCCCCCCCCCCCCCUUUGCAGGAAAAGCAGCAGAAGCAGGAGGAGGAAGAAGCGCAGGGUGGCAGUCUUCAUAGCAGCAGCAGCAGCAACAAGUCAGGACUUGGAAAGUAAUGCAACAGAACACUUUUGAAGAAAGCAGAUACCCCUGGCAGGAGUCCUUUGAAAAUGUCAGUGUCUGCAUGCCAUUUCGCUGCCCGCGAUGCGGGGACCACACCCGAUUCCGGACCUUGUCGUCCCUAAGAGCCCACUUGGAAUUCAACCAUAGUUACGAAGACAGGAGCCUUCUGACAAAAUGCAACCUCUUUUCAUCUAUCCAAGAUGCAGACCUGAUCUCUUCCCCCGAGCCCUUCAUGCAUGCAAUGCUGGGAGACAACACCAACAUCAUGAAACCAAAGACAUCCUAUCUGAACUUCUGCGACACGGGACGAGAGAGCUCCAAGAACAGGAAGCCCCUGGAGGUGGAAGCCGAAAGACCUGCGUCUUAUGGGUCCAAUUACACAUCAGGGGAAUCCAUCGAUGAGCCCAUUUCUAAGCCAGGCUUGGCAACCACAGACUCCAAAGCCUCCUUUGAGGCCCACGUCAGAGAGAAGUUUAACAGGAUGGUGGAAGCAGUUGACAAAACCAUUGAGAAGAGGAUCGACAAGCUCACCAAAGAGCUGUCCCAAAAGACUGCCGAGCUCUUGGAAGUACGGGCGGCUUUUGUGCAGCUUUCACAGAAGAAGCAGGAAGUUCAGAAGCGGGAGAUGGCCCUCAACAGACAGGUGGAUGUCGCAGUGGAGAUGAUAGCAGUGCUGAAGCAACGGCUGACGGAGUCCGAGGAAGAGCUGCACAGGAAGGAAGAAGAAGUAGUUACGUUUAAUCACUUCCUGGAGGAAGCCGCUGAGAAGGAAUUUCACGGCAAAGCUCGGCUCCAGCGCUUCAUAGAAAAUCUGCUGCAGAGAGUGGAUCUGGCAGAGAAGCAGUUAGAAUACUAUCAGAAUCAGCAAAUCGUGGGCAACUACAGUGACGUCAAUGAGCAAGUGAUUACAGAUAUGUCAUCGAGUAAGAAGCCCAGAUGUCUCCGAGGAGCUCAGCAUGUUUUUUAUAACAGUUCAGAGUCAAAACCGCAUUCCUUCCAGAAAGGACGGAUGCACCUGAAGAAAACCAAGGAGGACAAAAUCUGUGCCCAUCCAGUGAAACUAUUUUAUGAAGCUGUUGACUGCUCGAGGGAUGUUUGGAGACCUCAGAAGAAAGGAGACGCCGCAAACGCUGCCCGAAAGGUUAACGCAAAAUCAAAGAUCAGUAAAAAAAGCAAACAGUUAUACUAAAACGCAUAGACAAUACCUAUAUAUAUAUAAAGAGAGAUAUAGAUAUGUA